CUUCCUCCGAAAGAAGAACCAAAGGAUGAAGUUGAAGAGAUGGUGCUACGCUUACAGAAGGAAGCAAUGGUCAAACCAUAUGAGAAGAUGACACUUGCACAGUUGAAGGAAGCUGAAGACGAAUUUGAUGAAGAAGACAUAAAAGCUAUUGAGACAUACAGAGAAAAGCGGUUAAAAGAAUGGAAAGCACUUAAGAAGAAACAAAAAUUUGGGGAAUUGAGAGAAAUUGCUGGAAAUCAGUAUGUGAAUGAAGUCACAAAUGCAGAAAAAGACUUGUGGGUUAUAAUUCAUCUAUACAGAUCAAGCAUCCCCAUGUGCUUGUUGGUUAACCAGCAUCUUCGUGUCCUAGCAAGAAAGUUUCCAGAAACCAAAUUCGUUAAAGCCAUUGUGAACAGCUGCAUUCAACACUACCAUGACAACUGUUUGCCAACAAUUUUUGUUUAUAGAAAUGGUCAAAUAGAAGGCAAAUUCAUUGGAAUUAUAGAAUGUGGAGGGAUUAAUCUCAAGCUCGAAGAACUUGAAUGGAAACUAUCGGAAGUUGGCGCAAUACAGACUGACUUGGAAGAAAACCCAAAAAAAGGCAUUGCAGAUAUGAUGGUGUCUUCAAUUAGAAACAUUUCUAUUUAUGACAGUGAUAGCUCCAACAGUGAUAAUGAUGCCAAGUAG